ACAAAAAACAAAAAAAUACUCUGAGCAGCCGGAAGGCAGGGAAAGGGCGAGUGAACCAACCUAAGAAAGAGCAGCUGCGGGCGUAGGUGCAGACGGACCGGCGGGCAAAAGUUGCAGGAAGCAUUUGUACAACCUCGAAGGCUAACGGAACAAACGAGGUAAAAACAAAAUGUAACUAACGUGACGCAGGAAACCCCUAAUCCGACUCUCUAACACGGACCAUACGCACAGAAAAACCUCACGGUAGCAUCACUAAGAGCUCGGAGCUCUUCUUACGCUGAAUCGCCGAAUAUAUGACCUCAAGGUAGUAUUGUCUUUUUUGAAAACAUCAUAAAUCAGUCUCCGUAGAGACUGUCAAAAAUUGCCAAUGCCGACUAUAUUUCAAGUCGUCACGGCGGGGUAUUGGGAAAAGUUUUCAAUUAGCAAUAAUCGCGCCUCGGAUAAACCUCAUUGGCUACGAUACUGCCACUGCGCAAAGCUGAAGAGCAACGCCCCCCGCUCAUCAUCCCCAAUAGGCAAGGUUCCUAUUACAGAAAGGCGAGUUUGAGUCUCAUGGAAAAAAUCACUAAUUAUUGCCUGGUUGGAAAUUAAACAAUCAUAUGAAGAUCUUCCAAAAAUGCAUAAGCUGUUUCCAAAGGUUUCUUUUCUUGGUAUCACGUAACUAAGUUCUGAUGGAGCAUAAAGCAAAGCAUUAUGGGACGGAACAUGCUAAUCGCUUCAUUCAUAGAGUGAAUUGGGACGGAUGAAAAAUGCGCUGCGUCAGCAUGCUGCUCGCUUCUCUACAGAUUCACAACAACGAGGAUGAAUUUGGGUUUGACUUUAAAGGCACCAAAAGGCCUCUUGAUGGUGAACAUCAGCAGGCAGUACUCACGCAGAUCCAUUGGGUUCUUUGUGCCAUCAAGUCCUCCUCUGGACCCUGAGAAGGUCAAAGAGUUACAGCGCUUCGUCACUCUUUCCAAGAGACUCCUAGUGAUGACAGGGGCAGGAAUCUCCACUGAGUCGGGGAUCCCAGACUACAGGUCAGAAAAAGUGGGACUUUAUGCUCGCACUAAGCAGAAACCCAUCCAGCAUGGGGAUUUUCUACGGAGUGCUCCAAUCCGCCAGCAGUACUGGGCAAGAAACUUUGUAGGCUGGCCUCGGUUCUCCUCCCUGCAGCCUAACCCUGCACAUUGGGCUUUGAGCAACUGGGAAAGGCUCGGAAAGCUGUACUGGCUGGUGACCCAAAAUGUGGAUGCCUUGCACACGAAAGCCGGGAGUCAGCGCCUGACGGAACUCCAUGGCUGCAUGCACAGCCCCAGAGAUCCUCCUGCCAAUCUAGAAUAUAUCUUGGGUGCCUACAACAUGUGGUGUGCUACCUGGUGGUGUGGAGGGGUCAAACCAAUAUAUACAAUGGUCCUUUGCUUGGACUGUGGUGCACAGAUUCCUCGGGGGGUGUUGCAAGAGCGUUUUGAAGCCCUGAACCCCACCUGGAGUGCUGAGGCCCAUGGCCUGGCUCCUGAUGGUGACGUAUUUCUCACAGAGGAGCAGGUACAGAGCUUUCAGGUCCCGUCCUGUGCUCAAUGUGGAGGCCCCCUGAAACCAGAUGUCGUUUUCUUCGGGGACACAGUGAACCCUGACAGGGUUGACUUUGUGCGCAGGCGUGUAAAAGAAGCCGACUCCCUCUUGGUAGUGGGAUCAUCCUUGCAGGUAUACUCCGGUUACAGGUUUAUCCUCACUGCUCGAGAGAAGCAGCUCCCAAUUGCAAUACUUAACAUUGGGCCCACACGGUCGGAUGACUUGGCAUGUCUGAAAUUGGAUUCUCCUUGUGGAGAACUGCUGCCUUUGAUAGACCCACACUGACCACAACCUGAUGUUUCUGAGCCAGAAACUGGGACUUUCACUUUAAUCCUAUUAAAGAUACUUAAGGACUCCUCCAUUCUUCCUCUAAACAAUCGAAGCUCACUGAGUGCAGCCUGUAGAGGGCAGCAAACUGACUCUUUCUCCCAGACCCUCUCUGAACUGGGCAGGCUUCAGAGUCAGGUUGCCAGAGAUUUGACCCUAAGGACUUUUUCAAAGCAGCAACCGCUCUUGAUAGGGAAACUGCCUUUACUUGCUUUUUAUCUCACCAGGUAGAAGAAAUGGCCCAGGAAAUAUGUAGGCCAGAACGGUCUUUGGAGUGCCAACCCAGAAUCUCACUAAUGUAGAGGGUGAGGGGAAAAGAAAAUGACUUAAUUUAUAAUUACAAAUGGUUAAAUGUCUCUGAAACGUUCUGAUAUAUAUUUUUUAAAGAUGAGCAAUAGUAUGAAUGAAUUUUUUAUUGACUAAGGAAUAAAGGGAUCAUAACACACCAGGUAUGUGGGCUGUACAUUUAUAUUCUUUGUUUUGUUUUAAAGAUUUUAUUUAUUCAUGAGAGACACACAGAGAGAGGUGGAGACACAGGCAGAGGGAGAAGCAGGCUUUCCACAGUAGCUGGAUGUGGGACUCGAUCCCGUGACUCCAGUAUCACACCCUGGGCCGAAGGCAGGCUCUCAACCACUGAGCUACCAAGGCAUCCCUUCUUUUUUUAAUCAGCUAAAAGAGAAUGAGGCUUUAUGAUAUGGUUCUCUAAGGAUUUCUGCUGGAUUUCAGCUGCCAGAAUGAGACACUUGCCUCCAACCUGGUUUGUAGAAAGGAAACAAGUGGGCUCUUAAACUGGUUUCUUGCCAAGUAAGGCAGCAAGACCUGUUUGAUAAUUGUAUUAGCCAGAAGGAAUCACCGUACCAGGCUAAAGGUUUCAGGACAAUCUCAUCACAAAGUAAAGCAGAUGAAAGAAUCACAGUCUAUUCUAGAUGGCUUUUGUCUAAGAUUAGGGCAAGCAAUACAUGUUCAUCCUGCAUCUGCCUAAGAAGUGAGUUUUAGUAAACUGGGAUAAUCCAGGAUCUUGAAACCAACACAGUUCUUUAGUCUGCACAACUGGAUGUUUUCCCAUAGUCAUUAAUUCUGAAGAGGUGUAAGGUUGUUGUAAAUCUCCUUCUAGGUUUUUUGCAGAGGAGGAUCUGAAGGUGCUUUGAAUCCUAUUUGCUCAGUUACCAAAAGUCAGUACCAGUAACUGUAUUCAAAUCUGGGUCUUUGGGAUCCCAAACACAAAUUUCAUCAGUGGUUACUGAUAGACAUUGUAAUAAAGUACUAAGGCUACAAAGAUAUAACUUCUUGGUUUAAAGUGGCUCACAGAGAAUGUACCAUUUCCUUCUCCUUAUGCUCUACCAGAAAACAUCACAGAUUCAUGCAUGUAAUGACAGAACGAGAGCAAAUUUAAUGCAUCCCCUCUCAUUUUAUUUUGGAGGAAACUAAGAUCCAGACUUACCAAAGACCAUAAAACGUUGUUUCAGAGCCAGAACUAGAAUCCAAUACUUUGCUCCCCGGUCUUUUCUUUUUAAACAACUGCUUCGUAUUUGUCCGAGGAUUAUGCUUACAAAGAAGUCAGCCUGAAACAGAAGUAGAAGCCAGCAGUACAACUGGCCAAGGAGACCAGGAAUGGUUAAGAUGCAGGAGACAGUGGAGAGCAUGUUAGGUUGCUAGGGAGGAAGGCAGGCUCUAUCACCUAAUGCUGGCACAAUUCAUGCAACCAAGUCUUCAGGACCUCAGGAAUGUUCACAUUGUUCAGUUCUUCCUGAGGUGGAAUUCCUCCCCAAAGAUUUGUCCCAAAAGGAACUUGGCAUUUCCUGAAGUUGAUGUUCCUCAUGUCUCACCUUACGUUUUUUGCUUUCUACCAGCAUGGCAGUUCCUAACCCACUAUAAGUGCCCUUUGUUGUAAUAACAAACUGACUAGUGGCCGCUAUCAGUUUGUCAUUGCCCUGGUUUCAAGCUUUUAACUGCAUAAGCCCAGCUUUGGGCAUGACUUUCCUCAACUGCUAUGGCUCUGCUAUCACAGUUUUAGUAAGUAGAAGUUACAAAGGCAAACAAGUACAUAACACUCAAAACCAAUUUUCUACUAACUCAUAUUCCUUCUUUUAUGCUGUCAUAAAUUGAGUAUCUCACCUCUCCCUUAAAUAAUAGCAUUCUUUGAGCACACUGUAUCCAAAACACUAUUUUGUAACACAUUAUUAGCUCACUUAAUGAGUUAACCCCACAAGAAAUGCUUGGCCAUGCAUAAGUCAGUUUCAGUGAAUGCCAAACUUUUCCUGAGAGGAUCAAUUUAAGGACCAACAGGAAAUUCAACACUCCUAAGGGUGACCAGCUGUCCCAGAUUGCCCAGUACUGAGGGGGUUUCCUGGCUUGCAAGACUUUCAGUGCUAAAACCAGGGUGAGUUGGUUACCCCUGUUCCUAGGAACAGGGUAUAAUAGUUAAUUGGAAUAGUUAAUCUGGAAUAGUUCAUUCCAGAUACUCUAUCCUUGUUGGACUGACGGUGCUCUGAGAUCCAGAUUUUUAAUUUAAUUUUUACGUCACAAAAACACUUUGUGAAGAAAAAAAAAAUCGUCUGAGAAAGGAGUGUUUUUUGUUUUUUUCUCUACUAGAAAAGGGAUAUAACAUGGCAUCGAAAGCACUGAGAUAUACACAGACCUGGGUUUCCAUCCCUGUCUUGCCACUUACUAAUUACGUGAAUUUGGGCAAGUGGUUAAUCUUCAAUCUCUUUAUAGAUGAGGAUACUAGUAGCUACCUCACUGGGUUGUUAGGGAAGAUUAAAAAAAGGUAGUGAUGCAUCUGAAGCUCAUAGCACAGUGGCUGGCACACAGUAAGCAAAUAUCAGCCAUUAUCACUAGGCCAAACCUUUCUCUUCUCUUGAGUACUCCUUUAACUAGACUCGGGUGGAUCUCCUCCAGAGCCACAUUCCCUUUUUGUAUACCUGUCUUUUUAAAAAGAUUACAAAAGCUAAGUCUUGCUUGAUAUAAUAAAGCCUUUCUAAAGUAAA